UACACACGCAAACUCAAAAAAAUCAGUCAACAUCCCCACCGCGCCUGGUACAAAGAGUGACGUUUUUCGAUUAAACAUUUUCCGUUUUAUUUGAGCAAAAUCUAGCAUUUUCCUCAGUAUGGUGGACGAUAAAGUCGAAAUGAACAACGACUGUGAAUCCUUCACCGCCACAAACACCAACGACCCGAAAAAUGUCCAAGAAUUAACCCAAUACGUUCAGGGGCUGUUGCAAACCAUCCAAGACAAAUUUCAAAACAUGUCCGAUCAAAUUUUAACCAGAAUAGAUGAAAUGGGCAACCGGAUCGACGAUUUGGAGAAAAAUAUCGGCGAUCUGAUGACUCAAGCGGGAGUUGAGGGGGCGGAUAAGUAAAACUCGAGUACCACUGAAUUGAUAGUUGUUUAAGUCCUAAAUUAAUUAAUGUACCAUUGAACCGUUUUAUUAAUAAAUUAGAACUAAGCA